AUGCGAAUGCCCUCUUCGUCGCCCUCUCUCCCCUCCUCUCCUCCCGUUGGCCUCUCUCCCGCCCCUCCCUACCGAUCGCCCUCCCGUCGCUCGCCCCGUCGCGCUCUCUCUCUCCGCUCCCUUCCCGUCGCCCUCUCUCUCUCCCCUCCCUUCCCAUCGCGUUCUCUCUCUCCGCUCCGCCCUCUCUCUUGCUCCUCCCUUCGAAUCGCGCUCUCUCUCCGCUCCCUUCCCGUCGCGCUCUCUCUCUUCGCUCCCUUCCCAUUGCCCUCUCUCUUUCUGCUCCCUUCCCAUCCUCCCUUCUCGCUCGCCUCGAAUAGCCCUCCGGGUGACCUUCGACUCUCCCAUCACGUAUGCCCUCCUUUCUCCGUCGCCUCUCUCGUUCUCCCUCUGCUAUCGCGUCAGCGUGACCCAUUGCGUACUCUGUUAUUGUGUUUGGUUUGUUUGUUUUUUUUGUCUUUCCAUCUAUUCUCGACACCCUCUCUCCCGCCGCCUAUCCUCUCUCCCGUCACCCUCCCGUUUCCCGUCGCCCUCCCGUUUCCCGCCCCCCUUCCGUUUCCCGUCGCCCUCCCUUUUCCCGUCGCCCUCCCGUUUCCUGUCGCCCUCGCGUUUCCCGUCGCCCUCUGGUUUCCCGUCGCCCUCCCGUUUCCCGUCGCCCUCCCUUCUUCCGUCGCCCUCCCUUUUCCCAUCGCCCUCACGUUUCCCGUCGCCCUCCCGUUUCCCGUCGCCCUCCCGUUUUCCGUCGCCCUCCCGUUUCCCGUCGCCCUUGCGUUUCCCGUCGCCCUCGCGUUUCCCGUCGCCCUCCCGUUUCCCGUCGCCCUCCCGUUUCCUGUCGCCCCCCUUCUUCCGUCGCCCUCCCGUUUCCUACGCCCUCCCUUCCCGUCGCCUUCCCGUUUCCCGUCGCCCCCCUUCUUCCGUCGCCCUCCCGUUUUCUACGCCCUCCCUUCCCGUCGCCCUCCCGUUUCCCGUCGCUUUCCCUCUUUCUCUUCAUUCGCGUCACCUUACCCAUCAUAA